UAGAUUAACGGCAUGGCCAUUUAUAAAAUGAAGUCAGCUUACUACUAAGUACUACUACGUGGAUGUCCAUUUUGUACAGAAGAUUUCUAUGUGGGGAUUGGCAAACCACAUGUAUAUAUAUAAAGAGGGAGACCAUUUUAUGCUAACUAUUAGGUGGAUAACCCAGGGAGUUUUGUAAUUUGUAUUGUCGCCUAAAUAGGGUCACACAUCCAUACUGACUCUGCUAUUGAAUGAAGUCACCCCAUGUGCCAAGGGACUGGCAAGGAUCAGAUUUCAUUGGAGCUCAUCUUUUAACUGAAAGUGGCAUUGGCCGUUUCAUUUUGUUAUAACGUUUUAUUAGAGCUUUUAGUGAUUAAUUAGUCUGAAGGUGACUCGUCUACUAGCACAAGUAUUUUGCAUUAUAUGCUUGUGAGACAAAUCCUUUCAAUAAUAUUGAAACAUUUACAAAAAGAAUCUACAGAAGAGAACAUUACACUGCUGAAUACAAACCCAGUGGUAUUCAGAAUAUUGGAAUUCUGCACGUGGACUAGCCUUUUAGUACGUAUAUCUGUAUCUAGUGUAAAGUGAGGAGAGAAGAGAGAUAAAGAAGACUAGCACAGCUGCUGUAGGAAUAAAAGGGAAGUCUCAUACUAGAUUGUAUACGGCAGAGUGACUGCCACUGCAAUAUCAAAGGAGUGUGGAAUCUUAUAUAAAGGAUAUUCCUAACAUAAUGGAAGGAACAUAUAGAGUUAGACAACAGAGUGAUGAUGUUGAAGGUAACCAACCCGACCAGACCUCUUCUACUGGAGUCGUGGUUAUAGGAAUGGAAAAUGGGGGGCAAACACGCGGAGAAGGAAAAAGAAGUAUUUCAGGCUCCGCCAACAAAGUUUCCCCAGAAGAUCCAAAAGAAGAAAAGGAUGAAAAGAAGAAGGAAGAGCCAGAAAAGAUGGUCGGGGUAUUUGAGAUAUUCCGCUUUGCCUCUGGCUUUGACUACUUCCUGAUGAGCAUAGGGAGCCUGGCAGCCAUUAUACAUGGACUGGCCCUGCCGUUGAUGAUCGUGGUCUUUGGCGAUAUGAUUGACUCCUUUGUGGGAGAUGGGAGUGUGGUUACGCGGGCCUUACAAGCAUGCGCUGACAAUGCUGCAGCCAAUAAUAUCACUACACAGUCCUCUGUUACAUAUAAUGAGGAAUAUUUCAGAAAGAACCCACAGGUUUUGGAGGGAUGUUGUCAGUUGAUCAAUGCCACAGGGUGCACCAGCAGCAACAUCCUGGACCAGAUGACAACUUUUGCCCUCUAUUAUGUGGGUAUUGGUGUUGGGGUGAUGGUGUUCAGCUACCUGGAGUAUUCCAUGUGGACCUGGUCAUCUGAGAGACAGGCACACACCAUCCGCCUGGCCUUCUUCCGCUCCGUGCUCCACCAGGAGAUUGGCUGGUUUGACACACACGAGCCAGGAGAGCUGAAUACCAGGAUGUCUGAUGACAUCUCUAAGAUAGCUGCAGGUAUUAAUGAGAAACUGGGUCAGUUUUUCCAGGGGAUAGCAGCCGCCCUCGCCUCUCUCAUCCUGGCAUUUGUGAAAGGCUGGUUACUGACGCUGGUCGUACUGGCUGUCAGUCCGCUCAUCAUUUUGGCGUCAGGGAUAAUGACAUAUCUGACCACCCAAAUGACCAGCAAUGAGUUGACAGCCUAUGCCAAGGCAGGCUCAGUUGCAGAAGAAGUACUGGGCGCUAUCAGAACUGUGGUAGCAUUUGGAGGCCAGGAUAAAGAGUGUGACAGGUAUAACAACAACCUUGAAGAUGCCAAGAAGUCAGGUAUCAAGAAGGCCCUGACCACAGGGGCAGGGAUGGGGUUCACCUGGAUGAUCAUCUUUGGGGCCUAUGCCCUGGGGUUUGGGUAUGGGGCACACCUGGUCAGAACAGAUACCACCUACACUGUGGGAAACAUGAUGCUGGUGUUCUUUGCUGUGAUCAUAGCAGCCUUCUCCCUGGGGAAUGCCACUCCAACCCUGGCCAACUUUGGCACGGCGCGUGGUGCCGCGUACGUCAUCUACCGCAUCAUAGACAAAGUGCCAGAGAUCAACAGCGACUCUGAGGAAGGGAUGAGACCGGACUCUGUGAGGGGAGAGAUUGAGUUCAAGAACAUCCACUUUAAGUAUCCGUCCAGACCUGAUGUGAAGGUACUGGACGGGUUUAACUUGACGGCCACCAGAGGGCAGACUGUGGCCUUGGUGGGGUCAUCUGGCUGUGGCAAGUCCACCUGUAUCCAGUUACUACAGAGGUUCUAUGACCCAGAGGAAGGACAGGUGUUCCUGGAUGGUGUAGACAUCAAGGACCUGAACAUCAAAUGGCUGAGGAACCACAUUGGUGUAGUCAGCCAGGAGCCUGUCCUCUUUGCCACCACCAUCGCAGAGAACAUCCGCUAUGGGCGGGAUGGGGUCACUCAGGAGGAGAUUGAGAAAGCAGCCAAGGAGGCCAACGCCCAUGACUUUAUUUCACAACUACCUGAUCAAUAUGAGACCCUGGUGGGGGAACGUGGUGCUCAGCUCAGUGGAGGACAGAAACAAAGAAUUGCCAUCUCCAGAGCUUUGGUCAGGGACCCGAAAAUCUUGCUUUUAGAUGAAGCCACGUCUGCUCUGGACACGGAGAGUGAGGGGAUUGUCCAGGCUGCUCUGGACAAGGUACGUCAGGGGAGGACAACAUUGGUGAUCGCCCAUCGUCUCUCCACCAUCAGGACAGCAGAUAUUAUUGUGGGUCUUGAAAAGGGCGUGGCUGUGGAGCAGGGGACACAUGACGAACUGAUGAGCAAACAGGGAGUUUACUACACACUGGUUACCAUGCAGUCUCAGAAGAAGGAUCAGGAAUCAGAUGUCCAGGCUGCUGUGGAAGAAUCGGACGAAGAUGAGGAGGAAGUGAUUCCAGAAACCAAGAAAUCUGAAUUGGACCGUUCACUGAGCCAUCGUGAUAGCCAGCGCAAGUUUAACCGGAUGACAUCUGUGGCCUCAGUGAAAAGUGAGGCAAAGGAAGGGGAGAAGAAAGAGAAAGAGGAAGAAGAAGAAGAGAAAUUGCCAGACCCUCCAAUGAAACGUAUUUUCCGUCUGAAUGCCCCAGAGUGGUUCUAUAUUCUGAUUGGUUGUUUCUCUGCUCUCAUCAAUGGCGGCAUACAGCCAGCCUUUGCUAUCAUAUUUGCCGAAUUCUUGGGAGUGUUUGUGGAAUAUCCAACAGAAACCCAUGCAGACAAACAGGCAGAGACCACUUUCUUGUACUCCAUGAUACUGUUAGGCCUGGGUGUGCUCUCCGCUAUUGCCAUGAUUUGCCAGGUGUUCUUCUUUGCUGUUUCUGGAGAAAACUUGACGCUGAGACUGAGGCAGUUGGCAUUCAGGGCCAUGCUAAGACAGGACAUUGCCUACUUUGAUGACCAUAAGAACAGCACGGGGGCCCUGACCACACGGCUGGCCACGGAGACCUCUGCAGUACAAGGGGCUACUGGAGCUCGACUGGGGACAAUAGCUCAGUCUAUAGCUAACAUGGGGACGGGUGUAGUCAUAGCCUUCAUAUUCAGCUGGGAACUAACUUUACUAAUCUUCGCGUUUUUGCCCUUUAUCGCAAUUGGUGGGGCACUGGAGAUGAGGAUUAUGCAAGGAGCCAUAAUCCGCGAUAGAGCUGCCCUAGAGAAUGCUGGGAAGACUGCCGUGGAAGCCAUUGAGAACAUGCGCACUGUGGCCUCCCUCACCAAGGAGGAGAAGUUCUACCAGCUGUACAAAGAGAAGCUAGAUGCUCCUUUCAAGACAAGCACAAGGCAGGCUCAUCUGACAGGGCUAACCUUUGGAUUCACGCAGGGUGUUUUGUUCUUUGCCUACGCCGCUGCCUUCAAAUUUGGGGCCUUCCUCAUCGAUGAUGGCAGGAGAAACUUUGAGGACAUUAUGAAAGUAUUCUCAGCAGUUGUGUUUGGCGCCAUGGCACUGGGUCAGGCCAGCUCCUUUGCUCCAGACUACAACAAGGCCAAGAUAGCUGCCUCCAAAAUAUUCCUGCUCUUUGACAGGGAGCCGGAGAUUGAUAGCUAUUCCACAGAGGGAGAAGAGCCGGCCUCAUUCCAAGGCGAUAUCGAGUUCAAGGACACCCACUUCAACUACCCGUCGCGUCCCAAUGUGAAGGUUCUCCGUGGUUUGGACGUCCAGGUGGGCGCUGGUCAGAGACUGGCCCUGGUGGGCAGCAGUGGGUGUGGCAAGAGCACCACCAUACAGCUACUGGAGAGGUUCUAUGAUCCUCUCUCUGGAAAUGUGUUGCUGGACAAGCGUGACACCCGGAGCCUGAAUAUCUCAUGGAUGCGUAAGCAAAUGGGUAUAGUGUCCCAGGAACCCAUCUUAUUUGACUGCAGUAUUAAGGACAACAUCUGUUACGGUGACAACAGCCGCCAACCUGAAAUGGCCGAGGUCAUUGAAGCUGCCAGGAAUGCCAACAUCCACAGCUUCAUUGAGAGCUUACCUGAUGGUUACGACACUAAUGUGGGUGACAAGGGAACUCAGUUGAGUGGAGGACAGAAACAGCGUGUCGCCAUUGCCCGUGCAUUGCUUCGUAACCCCAAGAUUUUGCUGCUUGAUGAAGCCACGUCUGCUUUGGACACGGAGAGCGAAAAGGUCGUCCAGGAGGCUCUGGACCGCGCCCAGGAAGGAAGGACGUCCAUCGUGAUCGCACAUCGCCUUUCCACCAUCCAAAACGCCGACAUGAUCGCCGUCAUCCACCACGGGAAAGUGCGUGAAAUUGGGAAGCAUGCGGAUCUCCUGGCCAAAAAGGGGUUGUAUUUCAAGCUGGUGAAUCACCAGUUACAUGACCAUACUGAGUAAACUUGGAGCCAGUAUUAAUAUGUUGCUUUACUGGGUGUAUAUUUUGAUAACAUCUAGGUCUGCUUGAUCCAAUUUAAACCCAUUUUGACCAGUUUUUCGUGAUUUUAGUGCAUUGAAAACUGAUUAUAAUAGGGGUUAAUAUCAUAUUUAUCACAGUGACUAGACUUGUGAACACUAUUUAAUUGGGUUUGUUUAAUGUCAGCUGCUUAUCGUAUGAUUUAUUUUACAGUCAAAACUUACAAUGAAUAGGAAUGUAUGUAUAAUUAAUAGAGCGUUUUAAUUUAUUAAGAAGAAACAUGACCCAACAUUACACAGGCAUUGUUGAUCAUUAAUUACAAGUAUUUUGUUGUUUUUUUUUUUCAAUCUUUAAAGAAAAUUUGAGGAUGUAAAUGAUUAAGAUAUUAGUAUGCAUGAAAAAAAAAGAGUGAAUUUGGUACAGAAUUAAUUUUUAUUUAUUUUUUUUUUCAUUUGAAUAUUUUGUUAUUAGAACUUGCGGUAAUUGUAGUUAAUGCUUAUCUCUGAUCACGCGUAAAAGGUCCACAAAUAUAAGCAACUGUCACUGCCAUUGGGGAGGUGGAUAUUGGAAAUGUCUAUCUCUGCUCUCACGUCAGAUCUUAAUUUAGAGUAUGAAAAACCUGAAUGAAAGUUGUAUUCUGUAAUUUACAUGCACCCCAAAUCCUAAUUUAAUUGGUUAUUAGUUUGUCCUUGAGGUUAUUACUUUAUCAACUAACUAACUGGGGUUGGGAGUUUUCCCAUUGGAGUACUGAGUGUCUUAAUUACCUUCAAUAAAAUAUAUCAACAGCAUUUUGGUUAAAAAAAAGGUUAACUAAAUUUCGUUUUGAAGCGUCUGCAAUUUUGGAGUUUGUUCUUUGAAACUCCAAAAUUACAGUGCUUUGUUACUAUGUGCUACUUCGUGUGCAUAGGUAUAAUAUUUGUACAUAUGUAUAACUGUCUUUACUUACAUAUUGAAGUUCGUGUCACUUGCUUUUGUUAUUGAAUACUUAUACAUUAGUUGUUUUGUAUCAGCUUUUUUAACAUUGUAGUGUUCUCACUUUUUUGUUAUUGUAUUUUUUUCCAAAAA